UGGGCAGCACUGAAGUGAAUCCCAGUAUGAGUCAGUCGAAAUCCGCUUUAGUCCUGGGUGUAGUUUGGAACACUGAUUUCAUCUUUCAUGCAGCCUGGCAGAACCCUGCUACACCUUGCUGGAGACAUUAAGAUAUUUGUCUAUUAAGAAGGAUCUAAAGGGGCAACAAGAAUGGAAUUUCAAACCAGGAUCCAUCCAGAUAUUCCAGAAAACGGGGAAAUACCUGUUAUGGAAGUUACCAACAAUUGUGUUCCCCGAGAAAGUGGGGCAGAAGAAGAAAAACCUGUAUCAAAUUUGCAACGGAGACGCAGUGAUGUGAAGGUGUACAAGGAAAUCUGCGAUUUCUAUGCUAGAUUCAACAUGGCGAAUGCUCUUGCAAAUGCGAUGUGUGAACGCUGCCAUGCCGGCUUUGCCCCUGCAGAGAAGAUUGUGAACAGCAAUGGAGAGCUGUACCAUGAGCAAUGCUUUGUGUGUGCUCAGUGCUUUCAGCAAUUCCCAGAGGGACUCUUCUAUGAGUUUGAGGGAAGGAAAUAUUGUGAACAUGACUUCCAAAUGCUGUUUGCCCCCUGCUGCCAUCAGUGUGGUGAAUUCAUAAUUGGUCGUGUUAUUAAGGCAAUGAACAAUAGCUGGCACCCAGAAUGCUUUCGCUGUGAUCUAUGUGAGCAGGUCUUGGCAGAUAUUGGAUUUGUUAAGAAUGCAGGCAGACACCUGUGCCGUCCUUGUCACAACAGAGAGAAAGCCAGAGGACUGGGCAAAUACAUCUGCCAAAAGUGCCAUGCCAUUAUUGAGGAACAUCCUCUUAUAUUCAAGAAUGAUCCCUACCACCCAGAUCACUUUAAUUGUGCCAAUUGUGGAAAAGAGCUGACGUCUGAUGCCCGUGAGCUGAAAGGGGAGCUGUACUGUCUACCUUGCCAUGAUAAGAUGGGUGUCCCUAUCUGUGGAGCCUGCAGGAGACCAAUUGAAGGGCGGGUUGUUAAUGCUAUGGGCAAACAAUGGCACGUUGAGCAUUUUGUGUGUGCAAAGUGCGAAAAGCCCUUCCUUGGCCAUCGUCAUUAUGAGAGAAAGGGGCUGGCUUAUUGUGAGACACAUUACAACCAGCUUUUUGGCGAUGUUUGUUUCCAUUGCAACCGUGUAAUUGAAGGAGAUGUUGUAUCUGCCCUGAACAAAGCUUGGUGCGUGAACUGUUUUGCCUGUUCCACCUGCAAUACGAAGUUAACCCUCAAGAACAAAUUUGUGGAAUUUGACAUGAAGCCUGUCUGUAAGAAAUGCUAUGAGAAAUUCCCUCUGGAGUUGAAGAAAAGGCUUAAGAAGCUCUCGGAAACCUUAGCAAGAAAAUAGAUCCCAAUGUCCCCUGUGGCCUAGAAGAACUGUGGCAGCAUACAGAAUGCUUACUGAAAGAGAAAUGAUCACAGAUUCUACCUGACUUUGUUCUGUUCACUGAGGCUGUUACCUGCACUAACCUUCACAGCAACAUAUGUAUCUGCAUGAAUACUGCAUUAAAUUACCAUGCACAGGCUAUUUAUUCUCACCUCUUUUGGUUGCUUUUGUGGUACUUGCCUUACUUUAUCCUGUCUGAGGAUUCACUGUGUGUGCCAAUAAUUCAGUGGGCAAAGACAGUUCAUAUAGAUAAAACACAAAUAUACCUGGACUUCCUGCUAGGAAUUCAGUGCACUUGUAACAUUUUAUCACAUAGAAUUCUAUAAACAAAUUUACAUCACAGUGAGUCUCUUCCACAACAAAUAGUAUAUCUGCUUCAGGAGAAAAUAAACUAACGAUUUAAUGUACUUUUAGAAUGUAAGCUGGUGCAUUUCAGCUAGAUGGACAACAGAGAUAUUUGUCAAGCACUAUUGCUGCUAUAGAAGGAUAAUUGUUUUGUAAAUUCUGUACCACCGGAACAAGUAAAGUAGAAUUUACACUGUGAUGGGUUUGGACAAGAAUCAAAGGCCGUUUAACUAGCAGUUAAUAGGAGUGAUAAUCCAGCAACUGCUUAAUGGUUUCAGGUGGCCCAAUCAUUUCAUAGAAAGUGCAGGUUACAAUAAUCAUUUCAAGUGCAAUGGCAUAUUAGGACUACAAUGCUACCUAAUUGGAUGCUGUUCACCAUAUGUAUUAAGUUUCUGGUCUACUGGACAAACAGUAGCCAUGCUACCACUCUGCAGAAUUUAUUUUUAUUGGUUUAUCUUUCAUAUUUGUCCCUGUGAAUGUGCUAUAGGGACUUAUCCAAAACAAAAUGACAUGUCCAAAUCUCUCAGUUAAACCAAACUGCCAGUCAGUCACUUAAAGUGGUUCUGUCACCACUUGCAUUUCUUAUAUGUUUAUCCUCUUUCAGUGUCCUUUUAUUAUUUUCCUUAUUUCUCUUUAAAACUUUUUUAAAAUCUCCUUGGUCCUAUGUAUUUUCUCUGCAUUUGACAAUUUUGACAAAAGAAGUGGAGUUUGCUUUAUGCCUUAAGCUGCACCCUUUAACCGGAAUGCCAAAGCAAAACAGAUAAAAUUUCGUAUUAUGUUUUAAAGAGAAAUAGAUAAGAGAUGUCAAAAAGAAGAACAGAUUCUGAAAGAGGAAGAGAAGAAGAAACAAUAGGAUAAAGGUCACAUUUGAGCUGACAGAGCCACUUUAUUUAAGAAGCAUAGUGUUCAAUUGUGUUUUGGACUUAACUUGCACAACCAAUGCAGAACUAGUGCCUUGACCCACAUAAUGUGGACAGUUAACACAUCUCGAAUCAUAAGCAGAGUAAUAUCUCAAAAGGGAAUAAUAGAAUGCAAUUAAUUCAGAGCAUUUUGACAACUACUUGAAUUCUAAUGAUCUGCUCUUCAAUGUUUCUUACUGUGCAUGCGUCUUAUCUUCAUUGCUUAAUGUGUUUGUUUUUUGUGCCAUAUCCUGUAUUUCAAUCUAACAGACAUAUAGUCGUUAUUAUGUAUUUAAACAUGUAUGGGAACUUGUGCUCCCCCCACCCCCUCCUCCUUAUUCUAUGCAGUAAACACAUGCUGUGCAUUCCCAAAAGACAGUAUGCUUUUACCUUGAACAUAUGAAGUAUUUUUAAUGCAAGUUAUCAUAUUUACAGUUAUAUAAUCAUGAGUUUAUAUCAAUGCCUAUUCUCUACUUUAAUGUGUAAGAUGAAUAUUUUAUUUUUUACAUACAUACCUACAUUGUCACUUGUGAAAGAUAUUGAGUUGAAAUUAAAGAUAUAUCAAUAGCUUUAUGGUUAGUUCAUAUUUUCUUUAGCAUUUUCAGAAGCCUAUCUGUUAAAUGUUGCACAGGAAUACAACAAAUGGACAACUUUAUACCUUGCCCUUUAAAAUAAUAUUUGUUCUCAGGUUGUAAAACCAUGUUGUCUGAACAUUUUUACAAAACGGUUAAUAAAUUCUUUACACUUAAA